ACGUUCUUAUAUUAUACCUCAGUGGGUGAGAAAGCUAGCCAACCUUCUACCGUGGAAACUACAGUAAUAUUCGAAAGAUCCCACGAUAGUUACAUUAUUUAUAUACACAAAGUAACUGUUUUGAAAAACAUCGUAAUUUAACCCAAAUUAUCUGUGCCAGUGUAUUAGAGAGACAUAUCUAAUUAAACGAGCAAUGGCGUUGAAAAGAAUUCAAAAGGAACUGACAGAUUUGCAGAGGGAUCCGCCUGCACAGUGCUCAGCGGGACCAGUUGGAGAUGAUUUGUUUCACUGGCAGGCGACAAUAAUGGGUCCGAAUGACAGUCCUUAUCAGGGAGGGGUGUUCUUUUUGACUAUACACUUCCCUACAGAUUACCCCUUCAAACCACCAAAGGUUGCGUUCACGACAAAGAUCUACCACCCCAAUAUCAACAGUAAUGGAAGCAUUUGUCUGGAUAUAUUGAGAUCUCAAUGGUCGCCGGCACUCACUGUAUCAAAAGUUCUCUUGUCAAUCUGCUCUCUGCUUUGCGAUCCGAACCCAGAUGACCCUCUUGUACCAGAGAUUGCACACACCUACAAAGCUGACAGGGAAAAGUACAACAGACUAGCAAGAGAAUGGACACAGAAGUAUGCAAUGUGAGAAUGCCUGUGAAAUGAAAACACUAAAAGAAGAAACAUGUUUAAUAUUAACACAAGGCAAACGAACAAGAGGGGAAACAUAACUACACACUCUGGCAGGAGAAGGAAGCGAUAAAAUAAGGGACAGUACAACCUGGCUGCUAAGUGCCGAGCUGCUGCCAUGUGCCAUUCUUCAUGACUUGUAUGGAUCAGCUGAGCAAGGCCUAAGGGACUCCUGAAAGCACUCCCUUAUGGAAUACUGGAAUCUCCCCAUAGUCCAGACCACCACACCCUGACUUUAACUAUUACUACUUCUAUUGUGACUAUUAUUAUCAGUGUUACUAUUCAUAUUCUUAUGAUCACUUGUUAUUAUAAUGAUAUCAUUGUGUUAUUCUACUGAAUGCUGAAACAUUGGGUUUUGAAUUUGGAGGGGACUAGUUAGCAGCUUGGUUCUCACUCCUUUCAAAGGUACUUUCUUUGCCCCUCUGAAUGUCUUGUAUUACUGUAUGUUCAUGUAUUCAGUGGCCUUGCUGUAUUGUAACAACCUCCUCUCAGACGUUAGAAGUGCAAUUGAGUUGGAGUGCUCAGCACAUAAUGGUGCAUGGCUAUAUGCAGCAGCGUUGUUCAAUGGCUCACUAAGACUCUGGAGAUGGUUCUACCCAAACUCUCACACCCGGACGUAAUGUGAGACGAUUCAGACAGUCAUUCUGUAUCCCCCUGAGCAAAUUAAUUGUAUCCGUCAAUGUAUUUGGAAAUGUCCCAAAUGCAGUGACAGGUCGUCCUUGGAGAGCCUGGGGAGAGGUGCUAUCAAGGUGAGCUGCCCUGGGUUGGACUGGCAUCUGUGCUCAUGGGCAAGAGACCAGGGAGAAAGUUCUGGAACCUCCACCACUUCUCUCACCUGUGUCGUCUACGUCCCUGCUUCUUGUCCUAGAUCCAUCCAGGGCUAGCAUCUUACUUCAUAAAAUCCUACUGUAAGGUAGCACUUACAGUUGAGUACACGCAUAGCGUAACAGAAUGUAAACUUGUGAGAUUGGGAUGAUUCAUGAGGCUGGUGUUAGAGUGCAACCCUGUAAAUACAGUAGCUCAGGUAUAUAUUGAACUCACCUGUCUGAAAGGGCAUUGUAGUGGCCUGUGAUGAAAAUGACCAGAUCUGUGUUGCACACUGACAUGCUGCUUUAAUCCAGAAGUUGUCUUUGGAGACUUUAUCUGACAUGGGUCAUUCAUUAGCUUUCCCUACUCAACUUCUCGCCGUUAUCACAGAUUGUUUUACUGUACAACACUAUGAUGUGAAUGUUUUCAAACAGUUUUUGUUCAUACAUGCUAUUGCUUUGAAUAUGCCAUUGGUUAAAACUGGAGUCAUUUUUAAUUUAGAUGGGAGCUUGAAAAUACGUUCUUUAAUGACAACUGUUGCAGAUCUAUGAAUGAACAUGUCGUUUUUUUGUUCAAGUGAGUAACUUUAACUCAUCUUUUGUUUAUUGUGAAGUUUCAUUAGGUGUUUCACAAAUGUUUCCCAUGCCUUUUACAUCUUAACAUAACAUGAGCUGUAACCUGGGUCGUGCCAGCUGCAUAUUUGUUUUAGCACAUGUCUUGAGAUUUUGUUCUUAUCAUUGGAACUUUACUUUCUCUUUAUUUUUAGAGGGUCCGCAAUAGUGCACAUAGGCAAUACAUUUGUAACCUAGUAUUCUGCAAGCUUGAUUGUAGUUUUUUUUUUAAUGUCACUAAAAUGACCACCGUUGUGAUUAAUCUUGCAUUAGUAAUAUCACAUUUGAAGUAAACAUAUAAUCCAGUGGAGGUGCUGGACUAGUUAGACUGCAUCUGUCUUGAGCUAUAAAUUGUCUGUUGCCAUGGAAAGGGAAUAAAAAGUAUGGGGGGGGGAUAAUGUGAGAAAUUUGGUCAUCGAAACACUUAAUGGAUUUAGUGAAAGAUCAUGUAGGUUGAUUGGGGUGGAAAAGAGGUUGUAGUCUAGUCUAUACUAUACUGUAGCCUGGUUUGAUUUAGGAGCCCGAUGCAUACUGUCAUUAUGAAUUACAUUUAGAAUUGGUCAUGAGGCUAUGAUUGAAUAUCCACUGAAUACAGUCAAUCAUCUGGCAGUCAAACCGUUUCUUAAAAAGACUGAGGCAGUGAGUAAUGCCACUGGACAAAACUUAUUUCUUCAGCUUGCUUUAUUUUGCUCCGUAUAUUGCGUUGUCUGGUUAUUUAUUUUUGUCAUCUGUCUUCCAGUUGUCCGUUUUGUGUGCAGUCAGCCUCAAUCCAUCAAAUGUUUCUUUCAGUAUGACAUCCUGGUUUGAUCCAAAGAGAUACAAACUGAAUUAUCUCAUUGGUCCAAUGGGUUCUCAAUGGAGGUCAUGAUAGGCAGCUUGGCAUGCUUUGCACUCUGGAGAACAUUUUCACAACCAUUUGUCAGAUAUCAGGGAUUUCUUUACAUUUCAUUUGCCUGACACCCCUGACAAAAUCUUAGCCUUAACCAUAAUUUUGUGUAUAGAUACUGUAAAUUGCUAUCAGGGCUUGUUUCCCCUAAAGGGAAAUCAAUUUCAUUUUAUCACUAGAGACUUGCGAAUAAUAUGUAAAUUGGACAACUAAUUUUUUUCGUGUACAGCCUUGCUAACUUGAAAUUCAGGACCAGCCUUCAUAAAUAAAUGCAUCUCAAAUUUAUAGGUAUGUCAUUAAGACUUCCCAUAACCAAUUAUCUCCCCUUGCAUACACAUGACAGAAAAUAACAAUUGGGUUGUCAAUUAAAAAAAAUAAAACUCCUUUUUGUUUUAUGUUUCUGAAAUUAA